AGGACUAGGAGGGAGGGAGGGAGGGAGGGGGAAAGUGGCUCCCAUACGACCAGCCCCCUCUUCCCACGUCACAUCUUGCCCGAGACAAAACAGAAGCGGCGCUCGCACACUGGGCACGCACACCCAGACGGCCCCAGAGCCGGUGCUCCUGUAGCUGGCCCCCGAGAGCCAGCCUUUCCAUCCCCGCCCGAGGGGACAGGGAAGAGCCUGCAAAGGAGAAGGUGGAAGGGAGGAAAGCCCAACUAGAAAGACUGACAGUCCCCUCUCUCCCUCUGUCGGCUCCCUGAGAAGCCCAAGCUCACACACACACACACACACACACACACUCCCCGUUCUCUCUUCCCCCUGGAUAUCUCGGAGGCCGAGCGAAGCGCCCGGGAGGGCCGGGACCGCGGCUGCUGGGCAGCGGAGCCUCCCCGGAGCGCCCCCAUUUGGAACGUACGUUUCAGCACUUUGGACAGCGCCCGAGGCUCCGGGGGCCUCCGGGCUGGACCAUGGCGAGCGUGCAGCAGGGCGAGAAACAGCUUUUUGAGAAGUUCUGGCAAGGGACCUUCAAAGCCGUGGCCACCCCCCGGCCCGAGAGCAUCAUCGUCGCCAGCAUCACCGCCCGCAAACCUCUCCCAAGCACUGAAACUCAGAGCUGUAUGACAUAUGCAGCUGAGGAGGGACCCCCAAAAAAGCUGAGACAGCACGCAACGCCGGAGGCCUCCAUCGUUAAUGGCUGGGAGCAGGGAAAGGCUAGCCAGGAGCUCACACCCACCAGGACACACAGUGCAUUCCGGGACAAGGAUUUGACGCCACCGCCUUCCUCCAGGGGCAAGAAGAAAAAGAAGAAAUCAGCUCGAAAGAAGCGAAGGAGGUCCCCCUCCUAUAGUCCAUCUCCAGUAAAAAAGAAGAAAAAGAAAAGUUCUAAGAAGCACAAGAGAAACAGGUCUUUCUCCAAGAAGAGAAGACAUAGUUCCUCAAGCCCCAAAAGCAAAAGAAAGAAAGAAAGAAAACAUCAGAAACAAUCGCGAAGCCGGCCUCGAAAAUCUCACCGCCGCCGCCACCGCCGCUGUCACUCUCGGUCCCCCAGCUCCGAGUCACGCUCCUCCAGCUGCGAGAGCAGGCACAGGGCCAAGUCCCCCGAGGAAGGGCAUAAGUCCAGGCGGAGGCGCCCCCGGCACUGCUCUAAGGCUAUCCAAAAGGGAAGUGUGAGCAGUGGUGAGACCCGGUCUGGCCACCCCCCUAGCCAGUCCCUCCAGGUCUACAGCUUCCUCUCAUCCAAUGAAGUCAUUUCUCAGUCGGGGUCUUCCGUUGACCUCUUUACCAAAACAGUCAGCCCGCUCAGCAAUCUCGCGGCUCCCCGAGGAGGGUCCCAGGAAUAUGACUCAGGAAACGACACUUCCUCCCCGCCCUCUGCAAGGACCAGCCUCCCUUCAGCCCCAGGCCCAGGACCAAGGCAGCCCAGGCAGAGGCUUGGGCGCAUUGGCUUGUUCGACCUGGGUUUUCUGACUCUCCACAUCUUCAGAGGAUUCCAGUCACCAUGCCUUGGCUGCUCAGAAGCAAAGAAACUGAGUCCUGUCCCCUCACCAGCUCGGACCUCCCCACUGAGAGCAUGCUCCCGGGCUAGCUCUUACAGCAGUCCUGCCAGGUCUUCCCCUGCUUCCAGCCACUCGUCCCCAUCACCGAAUCACAGGGGAGCCUCCCCCAGGUACACCCGAAGCCGCUCAAGCUCCUCAGGGAAGAGGUCCUACACUCGGUCUCCCAGCUACUCAUCCACAUCUGGCAAACUAAGCCCAGUAAGCAGAAGUCCCCGGCCCCGACGGAGUCCCAGUUACACCCGGUAUAGCCCUAGCAGAGACAGAGAACGAGACCACAAGUAUGGACCCAGUGAAAAGGAGACCCCUCGGGAACGGGAACGGAGGAGGCGGCGGUCUUACUCCCCCAUGAGGAAACGUAGGAGGGAUUCUCCCAGCCACCUGGAGGCUCGUCGGAUCACAAGUGCCCGGAAACGUCCCAUCCCCUACUACCGGCCCAGCCCCUCCUCCUCCAGCAGCCUCAGCAGCUACUCCUCCUGGGACAGCAGCAGCAGCCGUAGCCGCAGCCGCAGUUACUCCAGAAGCAGCAGCAGCAGCCGCAGCCGAAGCAGCAGCGAGAGCAGCAGCAGUGACAGUGACGGAGCCAGUGAACCUGGGAGCCACAGCCGGAGUUAUGCCUCUGAGGGCAGCUACGAGAGCACAGGCCACUAAGGGGGGCCUCCCAGCCGUGGCCUCCAGACUCUGGCCCCUUUCUCCUUACUGACAGAAGCCUUGUGCCCCAUGGAGGCUCUAGAUCCCCAACUUACCCCAACCCUUCCCUCCACUCCAAGGAGAAGAGGGGACCCAUCAGCUCCUCUCUCCUCCCCUCUGCAGUCAGCCAUGAGCCACGCAUGCCCUGUAGCCAUUCUGGACCAGAAUCCAGUGGGGGUGGGGAACAGAACAGCUCACCCCAUACAGAGGAAGUCCUUUGUAUGAUCCAAGGACCUCCCGGCUGGUGGUUCAGAUAUGGGGCUUCAUGGGGGCACCAGGGAUGUCACUGGGCUUACAAUACUCCACUCACUUAUUUUUCCAUAAUAACGGCACAGCCAAUGGGUACAUGGACCCCAUUGGGUGCCAUUUUGACUCUUUCUCCCUACACUGGCAACAUAGAUGCUCUGACAUCAUUUUCACCAUCCUAAUCCCAAACUGUUGUUUUGCAGCUCAUUCUAAAUCCAGGUUGAUAGCAAGAGAGAAAACCAAAGGGCAGCACUACCCUGAGAAGCAGAAGCUUCUUGGGAUACACAUCCCCCAAAUUUGCUGCUCCCCACUUAGUGAAGUGAUACUGAGCAAUCACCUCAUCUCAGUGGGUGCCUUUGGUUAUAGGGAAUGGGGAGGAUGAGGUGAGAACCAUGAAAAACCAACAGUAGCAUUUUAUUUGGAAGUUGUGGGCCAGCAAGGGGAGGGAGGAAGGGGAAAGAGGGAUUGGGAAGAGAGACCCAACACUGGCUACUGAGCCUGUGAAACCUUCCAGGCCGCAAAGUCUUUGGUCCAGAAGGAAGAAAGAAGGACGAUCUUUGGCAGCCACGUCAUUGCAGCAUGGAAGGUGGAAGGGGGAUCUUGGGAAGGGAGAAUCAACUAUUUGGCUUGACUAUUUCAGGUUCUAACUUUGGAAAUACUCUUCUGAACUUUGGAAAACACUCACCUCUCUGUGGGAAUGAUAUCACUAAAGAUGCCAAACUAGGUAGAAUCUGCCUUUGGCAGACUCCAGUGAGACGGGGAGUGAUGAGAUUGGCAAAUGAGAGAACCGGACCAAUAAGAAAGAGAGGAUGGUCCUCCAUUCCUUAUUGUAAGCUGAUGUUUCCUAUACAGCCAUCAUCUCACCCAUCCAUCUGAGCCGUCGGCUCUGGGGCCCCAGUGAGCCUCUCAACAAGAAAGACUUAUCCAAUUUCCUGGGGGCCUUUCACCCAGGCUCCAAUCCAAUAGGCACUGACUUUUCCAACAUCAACAAGGCUCUCCAGGCUUCGGGAGACAGGUGAUACAAAACCACCUGCACACAAAUGGCUAGAUCCUGAGUGACUCACAGAACUUGUGAUUCUUUCCCUGAACCCCUAGGACAAGGUCUGAUUCAUGUCCCCCCAGCUGGCACCAUUUCCCCUCAUGUAGACACCAGCUGGAAAUACCUUGGGUGCCACUGAUCUAGGCCAGCAGCCAGUGCCUGCUGAAAGGCCUCACUCUUCCCUCAGCAUUUGCCCAUAAUCUCCCCGAUUCCCAAAUCCCAGGCUCCCGACUUCAGGCACCCCAGAGUCAUCUCCUUCCAUAAUAACAACACAACCAAUGGGUAGAUGGACCCCAUUGGGUGCUCAUAUCAUCUCCUUGUGGGGCCUCUUGGGUCAAGGUAUCAGUGCCCCCCAUUUCUCUGCUUAAGCCCUCUUUCCCAGAACCCUCCAGGGAAUUUAGCUUAAGUUGCUUAGGUUCCGGAGGACAGAUCAGGUCCAGCAUAGGAGUGGAGGUAGGAGGGAAGGCUUCCGAGGUGAACUUGCCAACUCAUGCCUUGGGCGUUCAGCUGUUGCUAGCUUUCAGUUAGGGGGAAGCCCCUUCCUGGUCUAGCUCUAACUCCUGUUUCUUGAUGUCACCGGCACCCUGAUGCCAGGGGCAGCUGUGAGCUGAUCAGCAAAUCACAGAUGCCAUGGCCUGAAAUCAUAUGAUGGGCGUGAAGGAGUGGAAGGAAAAAGAAGUUUUAAAUAACAUGGGGGUAGAUCAGUUUUCGGGAGUGGGGGAGGGAUGAAAGUUUCACUACUCAUGUGAUUGGAAAGAAAAGAAAAGUGGAAGGGGCUGGAUGAUAAUCCAGUUUCAUUAUCCUUCCCUGGGAAGGCAGGACCGAUAGCUUCUCAUGGUGGGAAGGAUGUCGGGCUUCCCACAUUGGUCUUCCAUUCAAAGCAGCUAAGAACUUUAAUUAUUUGGGGGUUGAGUUCCCACUGCCUCUUCCCCUCAUCCCACGCCCAGCACACACACAUAUACAAUGGUUAGUUGUUCUUGAAGAGAACCAAAUGACAUCACGCAAUGUACACACAAACACACACACAUACAUAUACACACACAAACACACACACACCUUUGGUUGCCAGGCUCUCUGGGACCCUGAGCCCCCAGAAGCCAGGUACCUAGCCAAUCAAAGAUCAUCAGAUAAUACAUGGGGAAGCCACAAGAAGUUUGUGGUCAGUAGAGAGAGGAAGGAAGGGCAAAAUUGGUUCAGCUGAAGUUUCCUUAAGAUUAUGAAGGUUGCCAGUUCCUCUGAUUUUCCCAUGGGAAAGAACAUAGGUGGGGGAAAGCAGCGAUACACUGGGUAGAGACCCAUGCCACACACCUCCUCCCACACCUUAAGAGUGUGUCUAAGAGGCCUUCUUCUCUGUUCCACCAUCACCUGCCUCUGGUCCCUGGCUUUCCGUUCAGCUUUAACCCAGACCCCUCUGCUUCCAGGGUUAAACCAGAUCUAUCUGCUCCUGGCUUCCCAACAUCAAACUCAUGAUAUCACCACCACAGGGGAAAAAAAACAGCAGCAACAACAAAAAGAGAAAAAUGGUGUCCCUGGCUCAAAAAGAGAUCUUGACUUGGGAGUUAGAGGGGAUGUAUAGAUAAUGUAUAUAUCCACCACAAGGUGUGGACCUGACGUUACUUCUUCAUGGAGAUCUGUGGACCAAGGGCCUCCGGUGCCAUCCAGACUCCUCUGGGAAGGCAGCGAGCUAACUAAGGAGAAUCCACAGGCCCGAAAGUUUUAUGAGGCCGGCUCUCUAUGAAAUCAACACUGGAAUUGGUUGAAGCCGCUUUUCAAGAACUGCUUCAAAUCAUGUUAUUCUGUGGAAGCUACUACACCUCAGGGGGUUUCUGGUCUGCUGAUACUGGAGAAAACCCUACUAACUUAUUUAUUUAUUUAUUUAUUAUUCUAAUUUUUGGAGGCGAUCGGUCACCAUUUAGCAGUAUUUAUUUAUUUAUAUGGAGGGACAAGCAAGGGGGUGGUUGGGAGGGCACUUUUAAGUUAUUUUUAUGUCUAAUUUAUUCAUGUCACUGUGGAAGUCUGAGGGUUUACAUGAAGAUUCUUGGGACACCUCAAGGAGCUGGGUGGUAAGCCUUUGUCUCUUACCCCAACCAUUGGUGUAACCAAAGUGUAGCCUUCGGUCCUUUGAAAUCUUCUCUUGAGAACAGUGUGGGCAAUGGCACUUUGUGAGGUGGGCUGGAAGGAUGAUUCUGCUGGUCUUUUCCAUCAGGUUGGGAGGUCCAUCCAACCACCCACCUGCUACCUCACUGGGAGGUGCAUCUGAUCCAAUUAUUUACUGCAGUUAUUGUUCUGGGUGCUGUGAAUAUGGACGGGUCCCUUUGCUCCCUGUGAAGAGCAAAGGAGGAUUCAGAAGCUCAGUGUCUUCUACUGAGAGAUCUCUGCUCCACAGUAGCUGAAUCGAUCACACGGAUUCAGUUUUGACUCAAGGGGUCAGUUUCCAAAGCACUUAGUUCAUAAGAGACCCAGAAAUCUUGUGACUGACAACCUAAGAGAGAAGUCACCCAGACAUUCAUUUUUGAGUCAGGCCACUCCAAAGACCAACCCCCCCCCCAGCCCCAAUAGGAAUGAUGUCCAAUGGGCUAUGUAAAUCUAUUGCCCCCUUUUUCAAUGUUUCAAGCUUCCAACCCCAGAGACAUUUGUCUCUGUCGAGUUAACCCGUCCAAUCUGGGUCUGUUUCCAAAGGUUACUGUUGUUCUGCUUCCUAUUAGUGUUACUCUGUUAAAUACAAACCUGUUUAAAUGGCCUAGUCUUGGGUUUGGAAGGGUUUUUACUGUACGGUUUACAUUCCUGAGUGUUUGUGGGGAGCCAUGUCUUUUGUGGGAAAUAGAACUCUAAGCUACUGUAUCUUGUAUCUAUGAGAAUAACUGUGAAUUGUCAUCAAGCAUGGUGGUCCCCCAGAGAACUCUGGGAAGGUCAGAAAUGGUUCAAGGUCUUUAUCCGAAGACCUAAAAUGUCUCAGCUGAAAAUCCUCAUGUCUCCCAAGGAACUACUGAGUUUUUCCUUCCUGUUCUCUAUCAGUCUUUCUUAUUUCCUCCCUUUGUCCCUUAAGUGAAACAUAAUCCUUAUCAUGUCAAUAAAGAGCCUCAAUUAAUCAGAACCCAGUUAACUGGGAGUCUCUCUUGCCUAGAAUUUUUUCUUAACAUUUUGUUUUUAGGGGAAGCAGUGGAGAUCCCAAGGAAAAAGGUUCUAUCAAGGAAAUGGUCUUUGAAAUAACAACAAAAACUGACAUAUCCUAAGAUUCUUAUACAUUCACUUCAAUAUCCUCCCCCUUCUGUAUCUCUAUCCUACCCAAGACAUGUAGAAUUGACCAAAGAUUAUAGAAUUAGAGAGAAAGUGGAUGGUAGAGAUUUUCUAGCCCAAAGUAUUAAUUUUAUUAUGGGAAAACUGAGGCACCAAGAAGUUGUUUGAAAUAACAAAAACUGAAAUAUCCUAACAUUCUUAUACAUUCAAUUCAUUAUCUUCCCACUAUCCAAGACCAUAUAGAAUUGACCAAAGAUUAUAGAAUUAGAGCAAAAGUGGAUGGUAGAGAUCUUCUAGCCCAAAGUAUUAAUUUUACAUAUGGGAAAACGGAGGCACCAAGAAGUUGUAACUUACCAAUCUAAGAACCCACAAGUAGAAGUAGAAAUAGCACUUGAACACAGGUCUCUCUCUGAACCAAAGUCCAAUUUAUGCCAUGGGUUUGAGGAUGACUUUGUGGUCCUUCUGACUCAGAGAAAAAUGCAAUAAUGUUCACUAGACCAAAUUAGAUCAAGGCAGAUUGAGACAGAGAGACGACAGUUUCUCUCUUUGGUAUGAUCGAGCAUGACCUUCUCUUACAGAAGAGGAAACUGAGGGCCAGAUAGGGGAAGGAACUCACUCAAGAUCACACAGAGAGUAAGAAACAUACUUAAAAUUCAGUCCAUUCCUCUGACUCCAAGCCCAGGAUUCUGUUUCCUGCUUCACACUAAUCAACUGAUAGGAUUCAGAGCAAGAUUCGAAAAUGAAAACGAAUGUCACUUCAUCCUGAGUAAACCAGAAAAAAAAAAAAUGAGCUAAA